ACAGUUUGCCAACAACAUUACAUCCCUUUUGAAAUACAUAAAAUUUGUUCAUUUAGUAAAUUCUAAAUUUAUUUAUAUAUCUACAUAUCCAGAAAGUCCAAUACCGUGAGAAGUACAAUGCUUAAGGUUCUUGAAAAGUUAUUUCAACUGUUGCGACCCAGGAUAACACAAUUUGCGCAGUCCAAUAAGAAUAUAUCCAAGCAUUUAUAUGAGAAAGCUAGGGCAGAGGAGAAUAUUCAUUUUCUAAAACUGCAAAGAGAGCAGCUUAAGACCCUGCGAGAAAGGAUUCUCAGCCAGAAGAAGGAAGUCACGACGAAGAUCAUCAAAGUGGAUAAACAGAUACAAUCGUUGGAAAAAAUCAAAACAGAAGAAAAUUAGUUUGAAAUCUAACGUGCAUU